GGUCUGAAGUGCGUGUGCCAGCUGUGCGAGCACACCAACUUCACGUGCCAUACGGAGGGGGCCUGCUGGGCUUCGGUCAUGCUGACCAACGGGCGGGAGGAGGUGAUCAAGUCCUGCGUCUCCCUGCCGGAGCUCAACGCCCAGGUCUUCUGCCACAGUUCCAAGAACAUCACAAAGACCGAGUGCUGCUACACCGACUUCUGCAACAACAUCACCCUCCGCCUGCCCGUCGGGCUGCCUCUGCUGGUGCAGAGAACCAUCGCGAGGACGAUUGUCCUGCAGGAAAUCGUCGGAAAAGGGCGGUUCGGCGAGGUCUGGCGUGGAAAAUGGUGCGGGGAAGACGUAGCCGUGAAAAUCUUCUCCUCCAGAGACGAGCGGUCCUGGUUUCGGGAGGCAGAGAUUUAUCAGACGGUGAUGCUGAGACACGAAAACAUCCUGGGCUUCAUUGCUGCCGACAACAAGGGUACGGGGGGUUGGUCUAGAUGACCCACGGAGGUCCCUUCCAACCCCUACUAUUCUGUGAUUCUGUGAUUCUGUAAUUUGAUGGCACUUUCUCCCUCUGUGAAAGGCAAGCCAGCAAUUGCGCACCGAGAUCUGAAAUCUAAGAACAUCCUGGUGAAGAGGAACGAGAGCUGCGCCAUCGCGGACCUGGGCCUGGCGGUGAAGCACGACUCGGUGCUGAACACCAUCGACAUUCCCCAGAACCCCAGGGUGGGGACCCGGAGGUACAUGGCUCCGGAGAUACUUGAUGAUGUGAUGAACAUGAACAUCUUCGAGUCCUUCAAGCGCGCGGACAUCUACUCUCUUGGGCUGGUGUACUGGGAGAUAGCCCGAAGGUGCUCGGUCGGAGGGAUCACUGAGGAGUACCAGCUGCCUUACUAUGACGUUGUGCCUUCUGACCCUUCGAUAGAAGACAUGAAGAGGGUGGUUUGUGAGCAGAAGCUCCGGCCAAACAUCCCAAACCAGUGGCAGAGCUGUGAGGCGCUGCGGGUGAUGGGCCGGAUCAUGCGGGAGUGCUGGCACGCCAACGGCGCGGCGCGGCUCACCGCCCUGCGCGUCAAGAAGACCAUCUCGCAGCUCUGCGUCCAGGAGGACUCCAAAGCCUGA